AUGGCUGCGCGGUAUACGCCGCCGCACUCUUUGGGUCAGCGUCGAGCAUCCUUACGAGAUGCUGCGGCCAGCGACCACGAGAAUAAUAUUCCUCGCAGCGUACCGCAGUCACUGACCGACAUGCCGUCUCGCAUGCCGGCAGGAAGCAAGGACAUGUCGUCCGACAAUAAUACCACCAGUCACAACCACCACCCGAAACCUCUACCCACCCCGAAUAAAUCUACAUCCCCUCUUCCCAGCAAUCUGCUUCCAUCCGCACCAGCGUCUCCGCCGACCCCAGCACCGAGUCCGACACCGCAUCAUACAGUCUCGAAUUGGCAGUCUAGUCUGGGGGCCCAUGGUGGUGGGAGUGGCGGCCACGAGGUGGACGACGAAGACGAAGAGGAUAGUCUACUACUCAAGGCUCAAAUACAUUUCAGUUCGAUGGGCAGUGCCCAGAAACAAAAGUUUUUGGUGGAUAUAUUGAAUCUUUGCGAUAAUCAGCAGCUCAGUUUUAUUUCGAGUUUGAUCAGUCCUCGGUUGAGGAAGGAUCCGUUUUUGGCUUUUCCGAAUGAAAUAUGUUUAAGGGUCCUCUCGUUCGUCGACGAUCCGAAAACCCUCGCCCGCGCAUCACAAGUAUCGAAGCGAUGGCACGAGCUUAUCAACGACGAUAUAACAUGGAAGCACUUAUGCGAUAAACAUGCAUACGUAUAUAGAAGGCUGUCCGAUGACGAUCGGGACUUUGUCGACCCAUUCCAUGGCGGUCGACGAUUAUCCUCUCGAAGUUCGACAGGCAGCGAUUAUCAACAUCACACCAGCUUUCAACCCUGGAGGAGAAGAAAGUCAACCUCAUCGGUUGCUGAUAGUGUAAGUAGCAUGUCUACGGAUCAUCCAUUAGAGUCAUCAUGGCCUCCGCCGUCUCCCACAUCGAAUCGGAAGCGUCGCGUGCAACCGUCAUCGUAUCGCACGCACUUUAAGAAGAAAUAUAUGGUCGAGUCGGCGUGGAAUAAGGGCGGUCGCUGCACACAGAAACAUGUCACUCCCGACCAAGGCGUUGUGACAAGUCUGCAUUUGACGUCGAAAUAUAUUGUAGUUGCCUUGGAUAAUGCAAAAAUUCAUGUAUACGACACGAAUGGAGGAAACCAAAAGACGCUAGAAGGACAUGUGAUGGGUGUAUGGGCUAUGGUUCCUUGGGACGAUCUACUCGUCAGUGGCGGAUGUGAUCGCGAAGUGCGAGUCUGGAACAUGGCAACAGGAGCAUGCACGCAUUUAUUACGCGGUCAUACCUCGACGGUACGAUGUUUGAAGAUGUCGGAUAAAAAUACCGCCAUUUCUGGGUCAAGGGACACAACCCUAAGAAUCUGGGACUUGGUCACUGGUAAUUGUCGGGGAGUGCUGGUUGGCCAUCAGGCUAGUGUGAGAUGUCUAGGCAUCCACGGUGACUUGGUGGUUUCCGGUAGCUAUGACACAACCGCACGUAUUUGGAGUAUUUCAGAAGGUCGGUGUUUGCGAACGCUAUCCGGUCACUUUAGCCAGAUUUAUGCCAUUGCAUUUGACGGUCGGCGAAUUGCGACGGGUAGUCUGGAUACGAGUGUGCGUAUCUGGGACCCGAAUACGGGACAGUGUCAUGCAAUUCUCCAAGGACAUACUUCAUUAGUUGGGCAGUUACAGAUGAGAGGUGACACUUUGGUUACUGGUGGAUCUGAUGGAUCUGUCCGAGUCUGGUCAUUAACGCGCAUGGCCCCGAUUCAUAGAUUGGCAGCUCAUGACAAUAGCGUGACGAGUCUGCAAUUUGAUAGCACUCGCAUUGUCAGCGGUGGUAGCGAUGGCCGGGUAAAGGUUUGGGAUUUGAAGACUGGACAGUUGCUGCGCGAAUUGUCCACGCCGGCGGAAGCUGUCUGGAGAGUGGCAUUUGAAGAAGAGAAAGCAGUGAUCAUGGCGAGUCGGUCUGGUCGCACCGUGAUGGAGGUCUGGUCAUUUGCGCCACCUCCUGAAGAACUGUUCAGGGAUAGUACGGCGAUCGAAAGUGCAUCAAGCACACCUAGCCUCCGACCGACCCAAGACGAAGAAACAAUGCACCACUACCAUCAAGCGGUCACAGCAUCCGAACCACCUCCUUCAACAUCUCUAGGCGACUCGGGCGAUCAAGCCAUGACAGACGCACCCCAUCAUUAA